UUCCUAUCAUACAUAAAUACCACCAUCAUCUUAAUUUAUUAAGAGUUGCAAUAUGUCCAAGCGAAUAGCCAAAGUGAUAUCGACAGAACUGCUCGAUAAUAAAGAUGCAAAGUGGAUCAAUCUUGUGAAAAUCACCUACGAAGAUGAGAAUGGUCAAGUCCGCACAUGGGAGGCUAUGAGACGCCCCACCCGACCUAAAGCCAGUGCCGUUGACGCCGUACAAAUGAUGGUAGUUCUCCACAGACCCGAAACGGGUCCCGAACUCCUCCUCGAGAAACAGUUCCGGGCACCAGCCGGUAAAAUCGUCAUUGAAUUCCCGGCUGGCCUUGUUGAUGAGGGCGAGACUCCCGAGCAAGCGGCCUUACGCGAACUGAAGGAAGAGACCGGUUACAUCGGCGAGGUGGUACCAGAUCGUGGGGGUACACGGCCAAUUCUUUUCAGCUCUCCCGCAUCAUCAAGCUCUAGCACCUUCCUUAUCCACCUCAAAGUCGACCCCGACAAGGAAGAAAACCGUGACCCGAAACCGCAGCUAGAAGAUGGCGAGUUCAUCGAGUGUUUCUGGGUGCCAUUAAACAACCUGUACGCUGAAUGCAGGAAGCUAGAGGCCCAGGGCUUCGCUAUUGAUGGCAAGGUCGGCGUGUUUGCGGAAGGGCUUGAGAUGUCGAAAAUUUGGUCCGCUUGAUUACUUUCAGGGAGCCUUGGUCAUAAUACGAUAAUUCCAACUAGCUUCAUCCGCCACCCUCGCAUCAGCCAUUUCUAAGCCAUUGAAUCUACAUCAGCAAUCAACGUAUUUUGCAAGGCAAAUUAGCAAUUACAGCGCUCAUAGCGCCUGGCAUCUUUCUAGAUACCUAGGUAUAUAAUCCACGUCCUUACUACAUUACUAUAUCACUACCAACACCUAGAGGAGCCACAACACCAUUUCCGCAGCUCGCGAUCAAGACAUACAGCUUGGAUUCCUUGUUGUAAUUUACGG